GGAAAGAAAUGAAAAAAAAAAAAGAAAGAGCAGGACAAUCUAGUUGGUAUAUUAGUCACAGAGUGUGUUUGUAUCUAAGUGUGUAAUUUUCCCAAGAAAAGCCUUCCCCAUGUACACACUCUAAUCAUAUAUAAAUCAACCCUUGCACAUUUCCAUCAAUAAUGCUUACAUUUCUUUCUUUUUUUUUUUUCCUCUGCUUUUGAAACUUUGACUGGAAGAAGAGAAGUACAAGCAACAGAGAGAAAGAGAGAGAAGGACGAAGGGGCUUUGCUUGCAGGCUUGCAGCUCUUGGCCCUCUUUCUUUCUUUCUUUCUCUUUCCCCCUUCUUUCAGAUUUGGCCAGCUCUUGAUUCCAACUUUUUUAUUAUUAUAACAUAUAAUUGUUUAUUUAUAUACCAUAAUAUAACGUAUCAACUCUCGGAACAGCCACAAACAAAGACCAGUCAAUUGCUCCCUUCUCCUUUCUCUAGGCUGCUAAGCUAAUCACCCAAGUCACUGGCUUUCCUACCCCUAUCACCAGGUAGCUUUCUUCAAGAUCACUUUUUGCGCUUUGCAUUUGCUAAAUUUUCUCUUUCUAGAUCUUCCCGUUUUCUGGGUUCCAUUUUCUUGAGGGAUCUUUUUACCGCUCUAACGGUAGCAGAUCAACAGGUUUUUGCCUUUUUAUAAUUGAUUCGCUUCUGGGUUUGAUUUAUAAUUUUUUUUCGCUUGCCUCUCUUGAUUUUAAAUUUAAUGGGAAUUGGAUUUUUAAUCUGCCUUAUUUUUUUUUAAAAUAUAAAAUUCUUUUCUCAAACUUAUUUGAAUACAAAAAUUUUCUCGUGGGGUGCCUUAAAAUAAAGCAGUAAUUAAUUCUUUUUGGAAGUUGUUUUUAUUCAAAGUUUGUAAGAAUUUAGUUGAAUAAUCCAAUACUGUGUUAACUGUUGCUAUUUGAAGGGGAAAGGAAAAAAGGUGGCUCAGGCCAAAAACAGCAUACACUUGCACAACACACACGGUAUAUUUAUUGUUGGCAUCAGUGGCAGACAUAUUUCUGGGCAUUCAUAUAUGUGUAUUAAUUAUGUCAACAACACGUGUCUUGACUGAUGGUUUAACUUGGAUUCACGAGAAAUAGCAUGUAAAUUUUGGGCACCUUCUUGUACUGUCUUAACUCGUGUGCAUGAACUUCGAUAAAAUGAAGCUCAAUUCACAUACACAUUUAUAUGAAAUCAUAAUGCUUCAUUCAAUCUCUAGCCUUUUGACCAGAAUCUUCCAGUCUGCAUUGUUGGUUUCAGCAUUUCAGUGGAACCUUACUCUUUUUCACCCACAAGCCACAAAAGUUCAAGAAGAAGGCUUAAUGUUUGAGGGGGAGAAAAGGGUCUUUCUUGUGUUGGCCACAACUCAUUAAACGUUAGUUUUGCAAUUGGUUUGUGGCUAGCGUUCAGGUUAAGUUGACCACAUUAUGGGUGAUCUUUAUAUAAAAGAAUCAAAUAAUAUUGACACCUAGUCAAGCCUGAUCAUUGUCUUGUCAUUGUAAAUUUGUAAUAAAAAAUAUGGGCUUACUCUGCAGUAAACAGCGUCGUUACAAUGAAGCAGAUGCUGAAGAGAAUGCACAGGCUGCAGAAAUUGAAAGACGAAUUGAACAAGAAACAAAGGCUGAAAAGCAUGUUCAGAAACUCCUACUGCUUGGUGCUGGAGACUCUGGGAAGUCCACAAUAUUUAAGCAGAUAAAACUUUUGUUUCAAAGUGGUUUUGAUGAGUCAGAACUGAAGAGCUAUAUAUCAGUCAUCCAUGCCAAUGUCUAUCAGACAAUAAAAAUAUUGCACGAUGGAUCAAAGGAAUUGGCUCAAAAUGAAGCGGAUUCCUCAAAGUAUGUCAUAUGCAGUGAAAAUAAGGACAUUGGAGAGAAGUUGUCAGAAAUUGGAGGCAGGUUGGAUUAUCCAUUUCUCACCAAUGAGCUUGCACAGGAGACUGAAACUUUAUGGAAAGAUACUGCGAUUCAGGAAACAUAUACCCGGGGUAAUGAGCUUCAAGUUCCAGACUGUGCCCAUUAUUUCAUGGAAAACUUGCAAAGAUUGUCUGACCCGAAUUAUAUUCCAACUAAGGAAGAUGUUCUUUAUGCAAGAGUUCGUACAACUGGUGUUGUAGAGAUCCAGUUCAGCCCUGUUGGAGAGAACAAGAGAAGUGGUGAAGUUUAUAGACUUUUUGAUGUUGGUGGCCAGAGAAAUGAGAGGCGGAAAUGGAUCCAUCUAUUUGAAGGAGUUACAGCUGUAAUUUUUUGUGCUGCAAUUAGCGAGUAUGAUCAGACACUCUUUGAGGAUGAAAACAAGAAUCGUAUGAUGGAGACAAAGGAGCUCUUUGAAUGGGUCCUGAAGCAGCCAUGUUUUGAGAAAACAUCCUUCAUGCUUUUUCUCAACAAAUUUGAUCUAUUUGAAAAGAAGGUUCUGAAAGUGCCGCUGAAUGUAUGUGAGUGGUUCAAGGAUUACCAGCCAGUUUCAACGGGCAAACAAGAGAUCGAGCAUGCAUAUGAAUUUGUCAAGAAGAAAUUUGAGGAGUUCUAUUUUCAAAGCACAACCCCUGAUCGCGUGGAUCGUGUUUUUAAAAUAUAUAGAACCACUGCCCUUGAUCAGAAACUUGUGAAGAAAACUUUCAAGCUUGUAGAUGAGACUUUAAGACGGAGAAAUCUCUUCGAAGCUGGCUUAUUGUGACCGAGAAGGAUUAACUUGGAAAAGAAUGUUCAGUGUGAAGAACUCAAAUAUUUUGAAUUUUAAGAAUUGGAAGAAACACCUCCAUCAGAUGCCUGCUGGCAAUGGCAACAUAUUUUCGCAGGCUAAAAAUUUUGAAUGUUCAUUUGGUUUUACAGACGUGGAAAGGAAUGAUUUUCUUUGACUGGUGAUUUGUCUUGAGAGAAAGGUUCCCAGAAGGUCUGUUUUCUUGCCUGUUCUGUUUUCUUCCCAAGUGGGGAUUGAAUAGAACAUAUGGAAGUAACCUUGUAUUCUUUUUAUUUUUGCCCAGAACUCGACGUUUAAAGCUGAAGUGAAAUUUCAGCUUCUGCUAUCAUAACAGGAAAUAUUCUUUCGCUUA